AUGGAUGAAUCAGAUUCCCAAUUGCCGCCUCAAGUGCCUCCCCAGGUGCCAACGCAGAGAAUUCGCCAUUCUCGUGUCGGAUCUACUGGUCAAGUUCUACACAGAUCUUCUACCACGAGCACGCUUCAUCAUAAUUCAUUCAAAGAUUCCUUCUUUUCUAGAUUUCACUCUUUCUUCCAUCGGGAUUCGCAUAUUGGGCAUGUCGGGCAGCAUCCCCUGCGAGACAAGGAAAAUGUCGAGAUCCAUACUUGGGAUGGUCCCAAUGACCCCGACAAUCCUUUCAAUUGGAGCAAGACAUAUAAAUGGGUGCUGACCAUCACGAUCUGUUUCAUCUCCAUUUUGACAGGUCUACCAGCUGGGUCAUAUGGCGCCGGAAAUAAAUACAUGGCAGAGCGAUUUCAUGUACAGAAUGAGCCCUUCCCUAAUUUGGCCUGGGCUACUACAUCUUGGAAUAUGGGGGCGGCGUUUUGGCCUCUGAUCUUCGUCCCGCUCACAGAGUCAUCUGGGCGCAUGCCGGGGUACUUUGUAUCCUACUUUCUCCUGGUGGUAUCGCUAUUCCCAUCGGCGUUUGCGCAGAAUUUUGCCACGCUUGUUGUCACCCGCUUUUUCGGGGGUGGGGCCUCUUCCGUGUCGAUUAAUAUCGUGGGCGGAAGCAUCAGCGAUGUUUGGUAUGGCGAUAAGGCCCGGAGCUUGCCAAUGUCGUUGUUCGGCUUCACGAGUGUGGUUGGAAUCGCUCUUGGGCCAUUUGUCGGUUCGGCUAUUCAACAGAUCCAUAAGAAUGAUCCCUGGAGAUGGAUAUUCUACAUUCAAAUCAUCUACAAUGCAGCGUUGAUCCCGGUCUUUUACCUUAUCCUCCGCGAAACCCGAGCUGAUGUCAUCCUACGAAAACGCGCGAAGAAACUCCGCUGGGAGACUGGCCGACCAAUCUACUCAGAAUCUGAACUUAAUACCACUAGUUUGUUAAAGCUAGUGCAAGUUUCGUUUGAACGACCCACGCGAAUGCUUUUAACCGAGCCUGUUGUCAUAUUUUUCACAUUAUGGGUCAGCUUUGCAUGGGGAAUUCUGUUCCUUUUCUUUUCUAGCGUGAGUCAGACGUUCAGUCACAAUUAUGGAUGGGGCACGUUUACUACCGGUCUCGUCCAACUUGCGAUUUCCGUAGGGGCUGUGAUCGGUACCGUGGUAAAUCCCCUUCAAGAUUGGAUCUAUCUCAGCUCUGCGAAGCGCAACCGCGACAAUCCUGGUAGGCCGAUCCCAGAGGCUCGUCUGUACACGUCGAUUCCAGGAAGUCUUCUCUUCGCAGGGGGGUUGUUUUGGUACGGUUGGGGCAGCGUGGGCAACGGCUCAAUUCAUUGGAUUGUUCCCACUCUAGGAAUUGGCUGCACCGGGGUGGGAAUCUAUUCGAUCUAUAUGGCCGUGGUCAACUAUCUCACUGACGCGUAUGAGAAAUACGCGGCAUCAGCAUUGUCGGCCGCCUCAUUAGGUCGCAAUACCUUUGGCGCCUUCCUUCCACUCGCCUCCUAUCAGCUUUUCGAGACUCUCGGUUAUGGAUGGGCAGGCUCGCUAUUGGGAUUCGUCGGCGUGGCUCUCUCAGUCGUUCCUGUAGUCCUAGUUCUUAAGGGACCUGAAAUCAGACGCCGCAGCCCAUUCAUGAGGGAGUCCAUGUUUGACCCAGAACACUUGGAGGACAGUGCCAGUCUGGAGGUGGCCAGUUCCGAGGUGGAUCAGAAGCCGGAGGAGGUGGAAGUGUGA